AUGGUGCGGUGGGGAGCUCAUGUGCUGGGGAUAUUGACGCUCGCAGCGGGUGCAGCCGCAUGGAACUUUGCCCUACCAAGGAUGGGUCCAUCGUCACAACUACGAAUGGCCAGCCACCCUCGCGUCUCUGGAAUCCAAGCACAGCGGUAUCGUCGGUUGCCUUCGGCACCGCACGACCAUCGGCACAACUAUUGGGUAUCCAGGCAUGCGACAUCCCGCCUUGGCAGCUCAUCUCCGGAUGCCUCUGUUGCUGAGGGCGAGGACGUCGUCGAUCUGGAGGCCAGGCCAUUCCCUAAAGUGGGAGAUGUGGUGCGCUACAAGGGAAAGUGGGAGAACGAAGUGUCGUUCGGAGAGAUUCGUCAGCUGAGGAAGGUGGAAGAAUCAGGCGGAUGGAGAGCGUAUGUACUCGGUCUGGACUCCAUCGGGAACGAUCAGUAUGCACGCAAGAAGAAUCAAAAGUCGAAGGCAGAGGAUGUCACCACCUUGAGGCCUGUGCGGGCUUUCUACGUAAGAAGUGUCGACGGUUUCAAGGUCAUGCACAAUUCCGAUUCAGGCGAACCGCGCUACAUCAGCGACGCGUACGAGCUUGAAGGGUUUGAACUACCGAAAAUUGAGGUCGACCCCGUCAAGUUUGCGGCUGAGCUGGAAUCGUACGAAGAUCUCAAGCGGCGACUCGUUGUGGAUGCUGCCCUGUUUGGCGCAGUCGGCGCUUUCGCGGCGUUCCAGAUAUUUGGAGCGGAUCAAGGGUUGCUCUUUGCGCUGGGUGCUCUCGCCUCUGUGGCCUACGUGAUCCUCCUGGAAAAGACGGCAGACGACGUCGCGAGCGGGAAGCAGGACGUCGCAACCAAGCUGAAGGGUGACGCGCGUUUCGCUGUCCCUGUGGUGCUCGUCCUUGCCUUGGCGGCUAAGAACUACCUCGCGAACCCCGACGGUGCGGUGCUGUUCAAGCUGAUCCCCAAACAAGACUUUGCUGCGGUUAUGAUCGGGUUCAUAGCCCCUGCCAGGUUGCCGCUUCUAUACCGAGAGGUGAAGUCAUCUCUCAAGGGUGACGACGUGCUGGACAUGCUUCCCGGGUCCAUUGGACAAGGUCGGGCGAUUUUGAGGAGCAUGGGCGAAUCAAGCGGGGCAACAGCCGAUGGGGCCGUAGAAAUGGCAGGACCACAAGCCACCCGAGUUAUCGUCGUGUCGGGGCCAGAAUGUCUGGGGAAAACCACGCUCGUCAAUAAAAUUCUAGCCGAAGACAGCCGCUUAGCGCAGCCGGCUUGGUGUACAACACGGCCACUACGGGCUUCAGAGGUCGAUGGGGAAGACGCUUUUUCCACAAGGCAGGUCAAGUUCGAAGAACUCGAGCGGAAGGGCAGCUUUUUGCACGUCUACACGGACGAAAGCGGGGAGUCGUACGGGUUGAGGUUUGAGGACAUUUCCGCGAUCACAGAAAAGGGCAAGGUGUGCGUCGUUGACGCGGAUAUGGCCUUGGUAAAAGCGCUAACGAGCGUGGGUGACUUGGCGCUCAUUGGCGUGUGGGUAAGCCUUGACUCGAUAGAAGCAAUAGAGGAGCGGAUACGGACAACACUCAUCAGCGCCGGGGCUGCAAAAGACUCGCCGACCCUUGAGGCUGAUGUGCGAGGGAUGGUCAGACAAGCGGUGGAAGACAUUGAGUAUGGUGUCAUGAGCGGGGUGUUCGACUUCACCGUCAUCAACAACAGCGACGAACAGGAGUCGAUGGAGACUGUGCGCAGGGCUGUCGAGUUUGCUACCGCUAAAUAAACAGCGCUACGUUUUAUAUUGUCUGUUUGGCGACGUUGGCAAUGUUGGGUCAAGGUUUCACGGAGGAAGAGUAAUGCCAGUGCUUUUGGAAUGGAGCAACAAAAAAAAAUCCAGGAGGGCACAGAGAUUGUUUGAGGGACGGCAAAAUGCCUCCGUGUCCGGCUGCAUCGCACAAGCUCUCCUUGAGCAUGCACAUGCACUUUGGCCUCGCGGGGUCCCGGGUCGGCACGCUCAAAUUGCGUUUCGACACUGUGGGUGGACACGUGCAUAUCAUAAACCGGAGUCGUGGACAAAAAAAAUCGAAAAACACAUCCUUAUAACCACUUCAGACGUGGUACGUCAAUGCUUUUCAAUCCCUCCCCUGGUAGGCAGCCCCUAGUCCACUACCCAAGCAUGACACAUGCUUUUGGUGGUUUAACCGAAGUUAGGGGUAGCUUCCAAAGCAAUCUCCUCCUUGGGCGGCAGGAUGGUGAUCACGUCCGAGAGGGGGGUCUUCGGUCCCUCCUUGCCCGUAGGGUCGUGGGGAAGCAUGAUGGACACGGUGACACCCA